ACAUAAAUGCAGAAGAAAGAAAAACAGUAUAUUUACUCUUUCUCUUUCUUCAUUUCCUUCCCAUUCUCUUUCUUUCCUUUACCUCAAAAAAAGACAAAACAAAAUGCAGUUUAUGUUAAACCUUCGUGUUACCCACGGUGUUCCUCUCUGUCUCUCCGGAAUCACCAACCCUCUUGCUCUUUCCAAAGAGAUGGCAGAUCACGAUCGUAGAAGAAAAGCCAUGAGAAAGCAAAGAUCAGUGCAUGCAAAUCAAGAUAAGAGUGGUUUUGUUGAGAUCAAAGGUGGUGAAUCUGGUGAUGGUUAUGAUCAGGAAGAUCUGGAUCAAAUCUUGUAUCAAUUGUCUCGUUAUUAUUAUCUUACAGGUUUAUCAGCAAAAGCUGCUUAAUUAAUUAAUUAAUUAAUCACUUUCAUUUUCUGAACUCUUUUGCUGUUGUUGUAGAUUCUUCUUUUACUAUUAUUAAUUACUAUGUUGUUGCUGUUGUUGUAACAUGUAAAAAACACUAGUUUCUGAAUUAUCAACUUCUCUUUGUUGUUCCAUUUA